GAUGCAUUCAGUAUGAGUGAGGCAGUUGGUGGUGGUGCUACACACUCCACGUGGCUCAUCUCAGUUUUGUUUACUGGAUCUGUCUCAAGUGUGGUUCACUGUCUGGCAACAGCUACUCUCUAGAAAUCUCUGUGGUUGCUUCAUUAUUUUUGUGUUUAUUUAUUCUCUGUUUACUUAAGUUAGUGAUUUGUCCAUAAAAUUGACAUCCUGAUGUGAACUAAACAUCAGUGUUCAUUGCUGAUAUUUGCAGCAAUGUGUGUUAAUCUUCACACUUCUCACUUAAUUUAUAAUUAACUUAAUACUUCAAAAUUGUAUGUAAUUGAUAUUUAAUUACUAGCUUUCUCAUGUUAGUCCAAUAGCAGAGCUAACUGGUCAUUAUUAACACCUUGCUUGGGAGCAAACCCACUGACAUACUUGUGUGUGUAGUUAUUCAUGAGUGGUGAAGAACCUCACAUUAGUCAAAAUGGUAUUGGUGAAGGAUAAUAACCUGGAGGAACUCAUGGAGAAUGGUGAGGACAGUGAGCCAAUGUUAACUAAGGCGAUGGAGGCACAAGUAGUGAGUGUUCAGCCAGAUGAACUUGAAGUUAUUGUGGAAAACUCUGACUCUGCUGCUGUGCAUCCAAAGUUGGAAUAAAGGGUCGUAUUGAGGAGGGGGAUGGGUUGUUUGAGGAGCGCUCCACGUCAUCGGCAUCAGAUGAUGACCAGGGGCUGUCCCUCCUCCAGCGAGCGUUGGGAGGAGGCGGAGAUCUACAAGGAGAUGAAGAAUCCAGUCUGUCCAUACUGAUGCAGGUCAUGUUGCCCUUCCUAGUAGCAGGUCUGGGCAUGGUGGGAGCAGGACUGGUACUGGAUCUGGUUCAGCACUGGCCUGUGUUCAAAAUUGUUAGUGAACUGUUCAUCAUGGUGCCGGCUCUCCUGGGCCUGAAAGGAAACUUGGAGAUGACGUUGGCAUCCCGUCUCUCCACUCACGCCAACCUGGGUCACUUGGACAAUAAAGAGGACUGUCUCUCCAUGAUUGUGGGAAACAUGGCUCUUAUUCAAUGCCAGGCGAUAGUGGUUGGGUUCUUGGCAUCAGUGGCUGCCGUUGUUAUGGGCUGGAUUCCAGAAGGACACUUUGAUUUCCUUCAUGCUCUGCUGCUCUGUGCUGCUGCCCUCGUCACUGCCUCAUUAGCAUCACUAAUCCUAAGUUUAAUAAUGGUGGGAGUCAUUCUUUUGUCAAGAAAGUGUAGAAUCAACCCUGAUAAUGUGGCCACGCCUAUAGCUGCGUCCCUCGGGGAUUUGACGACUCUUGGAUUAUUGGCUUGGAUUGCCUCUGUACUAUUUACUUCGAGAGAAACGGAUCUCUGGUUGUCGCCGCUGAUUGUUGUGGGCUACCUGCUGUCUCUGCCACUGUGGAUUUGGCUUGCUGCUCGGAACAAGCACACGAAGGAGGUCCUUUAUUCUGGUUGGACUCCCGUCAUCUCUGCUAUGAUGAUUUCCAGCAUGGGUGGGUUGAUCCUAGACUUCACCGUGUCCAACUAUAAGGGCAUUGCCGUGUUCCAACCCGUCAUCAACGGCGUGGGAGGAAACCUAGUGGCAGUACAAGCUUCCCGAAUCUCCACCGCUCUCCACGCCGCCGCUCCUCUGGGGAAAAUGCCCAAGUUUGUGACUGAGAUGUGCAUUAACCCGUGUUCCGCCUUCUGUGCCAGAGCUGGUCAUCCUCGAACUGCCAGGGUCCUUUUACUGCUGGUUGUGCCGGGACAUCUUGUGUUCAUGUACACCAUCUCCUACCUGAAGGCCGGUCACACCUCCCUCACUCCUAUCUUCGUUGUUACGUACCUGCUGGCGGCAUUCUUGCAGGUGGCAAUCCUUCUGUAUAUUUCACACGUAAUGGUACACUGGAUGUGGAAAAUGUCCAUUGACCCAGACAACUCCGCCAUUCCGUACCUGACUGCCCUCGGCGAUCUCCUAGGGACAGGACUGUUAGCCAUAGCGUUCCACUUCCUCUAUGUCGUUGGCGAUAGAGAUGCUGACCUCGGGGACUAACAUCGGGAAACAUUGUUGGAAUUUAUUUAUCAGAAAUAUGUUAUUGAACGUUCAUUGUAUGUAUUUUUAAUAUUUUUGUGACAGAUUGCAAUAUAUGGCAAAUGUACCUUAAUGAGAGAUUUGUACAGUGCAUUGAAAUUUUUUACAAUUGUGGUGCUAAGUUUUUUGUAUUGUAAUGAUAAAGAUUAUUUGUGAAGGUGUGAGACUUAAUUAUGUGUCACGAGAGAAAAGAUUAGCUAAUGUUUUUUAAUUCACUGAACACUUAGUCUUUGGUUCCUGUUCUCAUGUACAUCUGUAGAGUUUUAAAAUGUAUUUCAAUAUUCCUGGUGAGCUUGAUGAUUUUCUUUAAAAAAAUUAUUAUGCUUCUUGCACCUCAUUUUGUUGGUAAUAGUAAUUAUAUAUUCCUUUUAAAUAUUUUAAGAUUAUUUUAUUUAUUUUUUCUCAUUAAUAAUACUAACAGGUUGCCUAAUUGCUCUGUAUUGUCACACACACACACAUGAGUACGUGUUGGCUUUAUGUGUGAGUGAGUGAAGAGCUUGUAUCUAUAGCAUGAAUGUCACCAUUACUGUAUCCUGAGGCUUAGUUUAGCCUUUAUUAUGAGUACAAGAGGUUGUACAGUAUUGUAACUGAGUGUGUGCACAAGCAGUUGUCUUGUAACUUAACUAUGUAUGUGCAAAUGUGGUUGUGUUGUAAGUGCAAAAGUGGUUGUACUGUAAUCGUUUACAUGCAAAUGUGGUUGUGACUGUUGUACGCACACAAAAAGUUAUUUCUUAGCAUGAUUGUGUUGCAAAACUUUUCUUGCUGUAUUUAAACUCUGGUUAUAAUGUCAGUCCUGUAGCAAGGGCGACAUAUUGAAAAGUUUGGAUUUAACGGUUUCCUUUUAAUUUUUGUUUUAAAAGCCAUUACAUUUGCUAGGCAAUAAUAACAGUUGACAUGCAAGACCAUCUGUAUUGGCUUAACAUAAUAUCUGUGAUAUUAAUAAUACCGGUACCAGUCCUAGACGUGUAAUAUUGUAAUGGUCGUGUACGAAUGUUUUCACGUCAAUGAUUAGUGAAAGAUUUAAAGAAACUUCUCAAAACUUAAAUACCUCUAGUAUUGAUUUUUUGAUGAAUAUAGGAAUACAGAUGAAAUUAAGAGCAUAAUAGUGAUAGAUAGCAUACAUUAUAGAUCUGUCUUAGAAAAUAGGUAACAACAUUAAUAAAAUACAGGUACAGUAGACAGUUCUGUGCUUAGGUCAGUGUCUGGUUAUGAGAAGUGUUCUAUCACAGUGAAUGAAAGACAUGAGGAAUAUAUAACAGAUGUAAUUAAGAUGUUCUGAAAAUUACCUUAAUAAUAAUUCAGUCUUGUGACCAUUUUUAGAGAUACAUUCUUACAUUGCUUGAGGUAAAAUGAUAGCAUAUGGCAGGUUCCAAACAGCUGUACAUUUUUAACUCCAUUGGUUGUUCAGUGUUCUUGAGUUGGUGGAAGGAUAGAAUGAUAGAGAGUGAGUGGAUGAGAAAGAUGUGCAGGAGACUGGAUAUACCAUCUUGCUGGACAGUGGGACAUAUUAACUGGUUAAUUAAUCAUCAUAAAGUGGGUACUGUAUAUGGCACGUUCUUGGUUAUUUCCGAUAAGAGGAAUACGACCGAAGUAUGUGGCAUAUUUUCAGACAUUUCCAAUAUAAUAUAACCUGGGAAUGUGGCACAGUUAAACCUGUGCAUUUCCCAUGUAAGGAAUAUAAGCUGGGUACUGUUGUAUGGGAUUUUUCUUUAAUAUGCCUAGAUAAAAUUAUAUUCCACACUGGGAACUUGUCUAACAAACUAAUCUUGUCAUGUGGUAAUGGUUUAUUGUCAAGAUGAUGUAGUCAUUCCCUGCUUUUUUUUAUAUCAGUAUUAGAAGUAGAAUGUCCAGUUACUUCUGUCAGUCACUGGUCAUAAUAGACCCUGGUCAUAAUAGACCCUGGUCAUAAUAGGCUCUGGUCAUAAUAGACCCUGGUCAUAAUAGGCCCUGGUCAUAAUAGGUUCUGGUCAUAAUAGGCUUAACCAUUAUGAGUGGGGUCAUUUUGACAAUCAUUCCUUUGUUAAUGUCCACUUUCACACAGGCAUCCACAUUUACUUUUGCUUAUUCAUUUUCUCGUUCAUUUUUUUCUCAUCCUCAUCCCUGCAGUUCGCAAUCCAUUUCUUUUUUGUUCAUCACCAUUAUUAGACUAUUAGAGAGAAGAACUAACGGUGAAUUAUGGGCGAGUGUUUGUUGCUCUUGAAUCUGGCCACCCCUUGUCUUAACGGGAAGAGGCUAGCUAGAGCGCAAGGAAAGACAUCUCUUUUAGUCUUCAGUUUUCUCAACAUGACCAUUCCACCUGAAGUAUAUCUCAAGUGAUUAUUUAUAUUUUCAUUUUUAAAACAUCCCUUAUCAGUCCUUUCAUGAUCCUCCCUUGUUUUAAGUGUCAUUUUACACACAGUCUGCUGACCAUUCACCAAACUCACUAACUGUGCCUCAAUAACAAUACACCGGCACAGUUGUACACCUUCUCGUAACGUUCCGUCGUACCUGAACAUUAAAAUGAUCCGUAAAUUUUUGGCCGACUCAAAAUAGAAUCCAUAUUAUUCUCCUCGAGCUCCUUGUUAGGUCAUCUGUUGCCCUCCCUGGCACCAACCUCCUUAUUAUUUUAUUAAACAUGUGAGCAUUUGCUGCUUCACACAAUGCUCUCCCUUCAGUCCUCACCAUACUAUCAAUUAUAAGAUUUCUUAACCUGUACGUGUGCAUCCAUAAUACAAACAUUUCAUGUAUUUCUAUGUUCAUUAAACAAUGCUCAACCAAACUGCUGAUGUUUAUGCAAUUUUCAUAUAAUUCACUAAUAGUUAUUUAAUUAUAUGUUUUCAUUAUAUAUUAUAUUCUGUAUAAGCAGUUGUGUUGUUGGAAUUACAUGACAAAAAUACAAUUUGUUUUAAGAAAUUGAACUAAGACCAUUAAAUUAACUAGUGAUUUAUUUUAUAGUGUAAUAUAAUGUAUUAUAUCAAAGAACCUGAUACAUUGUGAUGCUCAGCAGAGAUUACAAUACUUUAUGGUCAUUGAACACAAGUCUUCAAUAAAAUAUGAUUUCAUAACCUUUCUAUUCUGACUUCUAUUCUUUUCUUUCUUGAACUGUACAACAUUGAGUUGGUUAAACUGUUAAGUAGAGAAUAAUAACUUGGUUAAACAACAACUACAGUAAACUGCUGGUGUUGUGUAACUACUCUUGGGCAAUAUGUUAUGUUAUUUUAAACACCAUUAUCAAAUUGUUGAUCUUAUUUUGAUAUAAUAAAUGACUGCCUCUGCCAAAACCACCACAAAAACAUCCACAUACUGAUGAUGUCCCAAAUGGGGGAUAUAAAGAAGGAAACUUGUGGUGGUGCUGUAUAUGUGGAUUUGAAAAGAAACACAAAGUUGAUUAUCUUGACAACCUUUUUCUGCAAAUAUUUGUACCAUUUCCUGUACUGGCUUCAUCUUAUGUCUUUCACUUAUUAUAUAACAGCAAGUGUGCUGCUGACAGGUCAUAUCAUGGGUUCAAAGUUGGCAUGGUAAGCUUUUGGGAAUGUGUGUACUGUAUGUGUGUACAGAAGAUAUUUUAUAGUUUGCUUACUCGCCCCAAAAUCAGUGUUAUGGUACAAAAAUGUUGGUGUGUUGUAUAUUUUGGUGGUAUUUUUUUCUCUACUUACCAUGACACUAAUGGUUAAGUCCUCAGACACUAUUCCCCCGUAAUUGUCUUCUUUACACACAUGCACAAGAUUCCCAAAACAAAAUUGUGCCAAUGUUAAACUCCUUUUCAUGAUACGACUCCUAAAACACCUUUACACUUGUGUAAGACCGUGAUUAAUGUCCCACAACUUGCUUGGUUUUAUCUUCUUCUUUUGUUCUCCAUAUCUUAAAAAGCUUCAGAAACAAUUGCCUUUCUUUCAGUGGUCCAUCACAUCAUCCCUCCUCCUUGAAAUUCCAGCACACAGAAUACUGUAAUUUUAAACUAUAAUAACUAGUCUUUUGCUCACCUAACCAUAUUUCACACUUGCUUUACUUAUGUUUAUUUUGACAUUUAGGUUUUUUCCAAUUCUUUCUGUAAUAGAUUAACUACUAAUGUAAACCUGACCAAAAGAAACUUAAUAUCAGACUAAAAUUAACAAGCUAAAUCUCAUAUAGGCAUCAUACGGAGUCCAUCCAAGUAGAUCACAGUUUAGAUUUUUUUACUACAAGCAAAUUUUUUUUUAAUGCUUGUCAAAUCUACCUGGGAUUAUUAAGGGGAAAAUAACAUUACUGUACAGUGAGACCUGCAUAUAACGGACUUCUCUCCAUAUACAAUACUCUGUUAGAUGGAGGUGCCACACAUAACAGACCCUUAAUAUAACAGACUUUCUUCUCUUUAUAGUCCAUUUAAUAGAGAUUUCAAUGUAUAACUUGGAGGGAAGCUUAAGAUGGGUGAGGGAGAGUCAGGCAAGUUUACCAUGACAAUAGUCCUGCUUCCAACCUCCUGCUAACACACACACAAGCAAAAUAUCAAAAUAACAAUACCAAAUUGAUAUAAGGUACUGUAGUGUAUAAAAUAUAUAAGAUUAAAAUGUUCAUAACUAUGUUUAACAAAAAUUUAAUCUGUAAAAAUCUCUCAAAAGUAAGGUUGAGUAUUAAUGCAACAGUGGUAUGUAUGUGAGUGAUGUUACUUAUGUAGAUUUUGCUGUGUGGCUGGAAGUGACCAGUGUUGAUAUGUGUAUUUAAACCCCUUCUUUAACACACGCUUUAAUAACUGCAUUUAACCCAGGUGAUACAUCCCCUUGUCUGGGUUCAAACUCCUAACUGCCAGGUUGGACUGAUGUAUGGUACACAGAAAUUGUUUUCAGUAUCUGUAUCUGUUUCCACUUAAUGUACUGUUGCCAAAACUAGUGUUUGUGUUUGGCAGCUGAACCAUGUGACAAGGAAGGGGUUAACUUCUUCUCUAUCUUAAACUAAAAGUGUGGUGCCGUGUACGUUCAUACAACGCCCAGCUGCUUGUUAAUAACACGCUUUUGGUUUAUGAUGAAGAAUGGGUAAAUGUGGGUUAAUCCUGAGUGAUGUAUAAUGCCAUUUAGUGAUAAAGUAAUUCUUCAUGUAGAGAGAUAAAAUAUAUUGAAUAUGACAACUGGAAAAAAGAGAGAAAAUAAUAAUGAGAAGAAAAGAUAAUGUAGUUAAUUAAUACAGUAUAAAUAUAAGGUUGAGUUUCUUUAUUAAUGACACAAAUGGAGUGUUUGAGACACCUAUAGUUAUGGUGGCUUAUAAAAUAUGUUCUUGAAGUCAGUGUAGUGUAUAAUAUGAACAUACAUAAUAUAUACAGUAUAGAAAUAAAGAAAAUCUGAAUAUCACUCCAAACUAAGAGGACUUUGCUGGUGGAUCAGUUUUAGUACAUUAACGUGACUUAUGUUGUCCUUCAUCUCCAAUUUGUGGUUAUGGUGGAGUGGAAAGCAAGUUGUGUGAUGAUAAUUGAUGAUUUUUUUGUUUUUUAUUGUAAUUUACUAAAGUUCUUUUUUAUGUAAUAUAUUGCAGUAAACAACUUUAAACACUCAUUUUAACUUUACUAAUAGUUGAUGGCACUGUAGUCCAGGAACCUAAACUUAGCAUACUGCAUGACCUGAUAACAGUUCUGUACUGGGUACAAACAUUUCCCCCACCACUAAAAAUCUGCUCACAGUAGUCCUGUAUUCAGAUUUUUUUUUACUGUAUAUUUAUUAAAAAUUUAUAAAUAUUUUUUAAACUGUACAGGUAUAUUCAUUAUAAAAUUUUGUUUAAUUUUUUUCUACAUUGAGUACAGUAUUGACAGCCAGGUAGGGAAUAGUAUCAUGGAACACAAGUUUAUAAUUUUGUGUUGAUAGUAGAAAUGUUGGUGAGCAUUAAGGGAAUAUUUUAUUUGACUUUGCUUCUCUCACUGUUUGUUAAAUAAAAGAAAAUUUAAACAUCUCCUUAAGACAUUAAAAUACAAUGGAGUUUCAUAGUUAUUCCUUCUUUAUUCUUGUCAAUGUUCAGAGGCUUGGAGUGUUAACUAAGUGGUUUUAGGAACAUCUUUUAUUACAACUAUAUUGACGACACAAUUUGUACAUUAUGAAAUAUUUUUGAACUAUAUUUUUUAUAAUGGCUAUACUGCUGUCCUUACAACUUAGGAGACUCAUCUGUGUGUGAUGAUGAUGUUGAAAAACUGUCAAGAUACCUCAACCCAAGAGACAGAGGCUGGUCAUAAGUACAGUACAGUAACUACUAGUGCCUUGUGAGCAGUUCUUUACUUCCAUAAUCACUUCGAGGUGAUAAAUGUUUAAAGAUGCAGUAAAUGUUUUACUAAAUUUGUUAGAACUAAAUAAUUAAUAAAAAAGAACAUAUGCUGUUUCAAA